AUGGAGGAUCACUUGGACAACAAGACCCCGGCUGAUGUCGAGGCGAAGGCCUCCUCGAGUGAGACUCUUGAAUACGACCAGGAUGUCGGCGUUGUCUACAAGUCUGAGCCUCUGGCCCGUGACUUGCAGGGACGCCAUAUGCAAAUGAUUGCUAUUGGUGGUGCCAUUGGUGCAGGUCUCUUUGUCGGAUCCGGAAGUGCUUUAGCCACGGGAGGUCCAGCCAGUAUAAUUAUCUGCUACCUCAUCAUCGGUGUAAUGCUGCUGUGUACAGUGCAGUCUCUUGCCGAAAUGGCUGUGCUGUACCCCGUCAACGGUGCUUUCUUUACCUACGUCGUUCGCUUUGUGGACCCAUCCUGGGGCUUUGCCAUUGGAUGGGAUUACGCCAUUACCUGGUUGACUAUCCUCCCUUUUGAGCUCACUGCUGCUGCGCUCACUAUCAAAUUCUGGCGGGACGAUAUCAAUGUGGGUGUUUGGAUUACAGUAUUCUUGGUCGUCUUGGGUACUAUCCAAGUAUUUGGUGUUCGAGGAUAUGGCGAAGUCGAAUUCGUUCUCAGUUGCAUCAAAAUCUGCGCUUGUGUGGGCUUCAUCAUCCUCGGCAUCAUCAUUGACUGUGGCGGCACUGGUCCUCAGGGCUAUAUUGGUGGAAAAUACUGGCAUGAGCCGGGCGCCUUUGCCAAUGGCUUUCCGGGUUUUUGUUCUGUGUUUGUCGUCGCUGCCUUUGCCUUUGGUGGCACUGAACUAGUCGGUCUGGCCGCUGCCGAGUCGAGAACGCCUCACAAGAGCAUUCCCUCUGCCACACGUCAGGUCUUUUGGCGGAUUGCUAUCUUCUAUGUGUUGAACUUGCUCAUGGUGGGCUUGUUGGUCCCGUAUACUGAUGGCCGUCUGAUGUCGGCAUCGACCUCGAACACCAAGGAUUCUCCAUUCGUCAUUGCCAUCCUCGACGCCGGCAUCCCUGCGCUGCCCUCUAUUUUCAACGUCGUCAUCACACUAUCCGUCAUUAGUGUCGCCAACUCAUGCGCCUUUGGCUCUACUCGCACAAUGCAGGCCCUCGCUGAGCGUGGCAUGGCUCCUCGCUUUUUGGGUCAUGUCGACAAGAAGGGCCGUCCGCUGUAUGCCACCAUCGUUCAGUUGCUUUUUGGCCUGCUUGCUUUCAUCGGCGAAAGCGCACAGGAGGGAACUGUUUUCACCUGGCUGCUGAGUCUGAGUGGUCUCAGCUAUUUCUUCGUCUGGGGCACUAUUUGCCUCUCUCAUAUCCGGUUCCGUCGUGCGUGGGUUGCCCAGGGCCGCUCUGUUAAGGAAAUGCCCUACCGCACACCGAUGGGUGUUGUUGGCAGUUAUCUUGGUUUGUCUUUGAACAUUCUCUGUUUGAUUGCCACUUUUUACGUGUCCGUCUGGCCCCCUGGCGCCUCCCCCGACGCUUCGUACUUUUUCCAGCAAUAUCUCGCGGCCCCAAUUAUCCUCGCUCUUUACAUUUUCUGGAAACUCUACAGCCGCCAAUGGCGCAUGUGGGUUCCUACUUCUGAGAUGGAUAUCACCUCAGGGCUGCGCGUGGAUCUUCUCAAUGAAGACGAGGACCUCGAGACGCCUUGGACUUGGAAGAACUUUCCAUUGAAGAUCGCGCGGUUGUUCGUCUAG